AUGCACAACGAUCAGCCUCAUUACCCCUCCGGCUAUGGUCAUCCUCAGCAGCAUCCACAAAAUCCCAUUCGUAUGCAGCCGAUGCAGCAAGGUUUAUAUUUUUACACAGGAAAAAAAACUCCUCGCCUUCAUAUAGUUAAUUUUAGUGAUUCUCUUUGUUUAAAAACGGCUUUCUUUCUAUAUUUCAAGUUGAUGCCCUUCCACUUUUUGUUUUCCAAUUUCAAGUUUGGACCAGGAGCUCCCUGUAUCAUUUUCGUUUUUCUAUCAAGCACAGAUCAAGCUAAGAUUUAGUCUUUAUCGUUUCCUGAGACCUUGAUUCCUUCUAAUGAUCCUGACACUCGCCAAAGAAUUUAUUUUAGAGCUUUUAGUAAAAAAAAAUGAAAUUUUACAGUUCGGUCCAUGCCAUACAAUCCUGCCAUGAGGAUGGGCGGUUCGCAGCAGAACCCGCCAAACAUGCAGAUGCAUCCCCACCAGCAGUAUCCGCAGAUGCAGCAAGGACCUUACGUGAAUCCCCAGAUGCAGUCCGCUCAACAGCACCAACACCAGCAACACCAACACAUUCAACACCAACAUCAGGGCCCGCCCCAACACAUGCAGCCACAUCCUUCGCAGAACCAACCUCAACAGCAUUUGCAGGUACAAUUUCUUUUUUUAUCAGGGACUUUUUAACAUAAUAAUUUUACUGAAAAACAUUUCGAAAAAAAUUUCGAACGGCUAUUGCAAAUCACCCAAACUUUUUUUCAGAAUUUUUGGUUCUUUUUUUCUGAAUUCUCAUAAUUUACGUUCUUUUGAAAUCAAAAAAAUUCAAAAAUUUCAAAUAAUUUGGUUUAAUGAAUUAAAACUCUGACCCAACAGAAAACAAGCAAUAAAAAAUAGUUUGAACAUGUCCAAUAACUGGAAAACAUUUACAGCAAAGAAACAUACAGAUGGGGAACGCGCCUCAAAUGGGACACAUGAACAUGGUAAGACUUUUUUUUUGCUUUUUCUAAACUGAAAGUUUCAUGAGGUUUGUCAUUAUUUUGUCCAGCACGAGUAUUCGAAGCGAACGAAUGAUUGAGGAAUGUAUCUUCAACUUUUUCAGUUGACCAUAUAAAAGAUGGUGUCUUAGGAGACUGAAUAUUAGUAGAAGAAACAAAAAAAAAAUGAUAAAGAGGCUUGGUCCUUUUGUCGAGAUUCACGAAUUUUCAUAAUGGUCAGAAAAUUGUUUCAAAUUUGCUUAGAUUAACAAAAAAAAUUUUGUGUGGCACAUAAAACUUUUUACGAAGUUCCAGCAGCCGAUGCAGCCUCAGAUGCAAUCUCAACAUAUGCAAAAUCAACACAUCCAAUCUCAACAAAUGCAAGCUCCACAAAUGCAGCAACAGAUGCAGCCGCCGAUGCAGACUCAAAUGCAUCCACAAAUGCAUAUGGGCCCUUCCGGACCAAUGGGACAUACUGGACCAAUGGGAGGACCUGUACCAAUGGGACAUCAACAGCAUCCGCAACAGCAUCCGCAACAGCAUCCGCAACAGCAUCCGCAGCAGCAUCAUCAGCCGCAUCAGCAGCAGCAUCAGCAGCAGCAUCCGCAGCAGCAUCCGCAACAGCAUCAGCAGCAGCAGUUCCAAGCUCCGAUGUCUCAGCCACAACCUCAGAUGCAGCCGUCAAUGCCGCCGCCUCAAGCGCCGAUGAUGGCUCAGCAGAUUCCUCAGCCGAUGCCCCCACCAGCUUCGCAGCCGCAUCCGCAACCAAUGCAGCAGCCGAUGCCAACUCCGAUUCCUCAACAAAUGCCUCAACCUCCUCCUCAACAAAUUUCUCAGCAAAUUCCACAGCAAAUACCCCAACAAGUUCAUCAUGCCCCUCAACAGCAGGUCCAGCAAAGCACGAUUCACUUACCUCAAGGAGCUGGAGGAAUGGUUCUUGAAAAGGUGUGAAAUUUGGUUUUUCAUAGCCAUUACAGUAUGAUCAAAAAAAUUCAACUCAAUUAUUAUAUAAACAUAUUUUUAUUUGAAAGAGCGUAAAAUGAAAAAUCAAAGCCGAAAAACUAACCUUUUUUUCAAAUUUCAAAUUUUGAUUCGAUGCAAUGAAAGAUUCACCAAGCGUAUGAUAAUGAGCUUUCUUUAAAUGUUCUUUUUUUAAAGUUCAUAAGUUUUUCAUGACCACAAAAAAUAUUCUGGAAAAUUUCAGAGCAAACUAGAAGAACUUGUGACUCAAGUGAAUGCAAACACGGUUCUGGAAGAAAAUGUGAAAGAAGCUCUGGUGGAAUACACGGACGAGUUUGUUGAUUCGGUACAAAACUGUCUUUUUUCUUUUCAUUUCAUCUCUUCAAUGCCUUCAGAUCGUUGAAAAAGUUUGCAAAUUGGUCAAAGGACGUGGAACGAAUAAAAUAGAAGCAAGAGACAUCGAAUUCGUUCUAUCCAAUGUUUACGGCAUGCCCAGCGUGCGUAUUUUUUUUCCUAUUUCGUAUCCAAGAAAACUGAAAUGAACUGUUCCAGGUUCCACGCGCUGCAGUUCACAUUUUCGGUAAUCGGGGUGCUGCAGAACUGCCGAAGACGAAAAAUUCCAACGCUGAGGCUCAUAAACAACGGACCGCUGUCGUUAGAAAGCAGGGAAAAAAAUAA